GAGGUUCACAACAAAAUCCUACAGAUAUUGAAUUAAAUGAUGAAAUUAUAGGAAAUCAAUCUAAUAUUAUUACUUCUGAAUAUUGGGAAAGAGAAAUUAAUGAAUGGAAAGAAAUGUUAGCAGAAGAGGAGAAAUUCCGAUUGGAAGAGAAAGAAGCAUUAAGAGAAUUAAGAGAUCAUUGGACAAUUUUAAACGAUGAUCUUUUAAAGAUUAUAAACACCCGGCAAUUGAUAAAAUAG